AAGUCGCUUUCUGGACGGGGAGGGAGUCGAGACGCGAUGGGAUUACGCCUGACUUCAGCGGCGCGUGUUAAACCUCCCACAAACACACGGACAUGAGACCAUGACAGCACGGGAAAGCGUUUCAUUUAGACCGCCAACACUUACCGGGGACUUUAAAGCGCUGGAAACAUGGACUAAAGCUUCAUCGCGUUCAUCUGAACAUGAGAGUUAACGGCGGGACGAGCGGAGGGCUUUUAGGAAGGAUUUGUAGAUCACAGGCGCUCGCAAAAGUAGUCGGGACAGCGGAGGAAACAGACUUUGAAUGUUUUUAAUAGAAUAUUUUACACGUCUACUGGAAAUUAAUGAAAGUUUGUAGCUCGACAUGUCAGUCCCGAGCCAUGUGGAGACGCGUAAGUUCACCCGGGGGCUCGGUAAACCGGGCACGGCGGCGGAGCUGCGGCAGAGCGUGUCGGAGGCGGUCAGGACCUCGGUUUUAGUGGUGAAGCCGCGUGUGGUGGAGCCUCUGGACUAUGAGAGUGUGCUGGUGCAGAGGAAAACUCAGAUCCUCAGCGAUGGACUCAGGGACAUGCUGCAGUUUCCUCUGGAGGAUUUUCAGGUGUGCACACUGCCACGACAGAUCCGGACCUUCUACCCCUCCAUACCUCCACACGCACUGAGAGAGGCACAGAGUCUGUUUGUGCAAGAGUGCAUCAAGUCUUACAUCUCUGAAUGGCAUGUAGUCAACUACAAAUAUGAGGAUUAUUCCGGUGACUUCCGUCAGCUUCCCAACAAAGUGUCCAGACCUGAUAAUUUAGCCCAGCAUGUUUUUGAGGUGGAUGAAGAUGUGGAUAAAGAUGAGGACACAGCCUCUCUGGGCUCCCAGAAGGGUGGUCUCAUUAAACAGGGCUGGCUACAUAAGGGCAACAUGAACAGCGCCAUCAGCGUCACCAUAAGGUCAUUCAAAAGAAGGUAUUUCCACCUGACACAGCUGGGCGAUGGGUCGUAUAAUCUCAACUUCUACAAGGAUGAGAAGAUCAACAAAGAGCCCAAAGGAACCAUCUUCCUGGACUCCUGUAUGGGAGUGCUGCAGAACAAUCGUGUGCGGAGGUUUGCGUUCGAGCUGAAGAUGCAGGAUAAGAGCGGCUAUGUUCUGGCCGCUGACUCUGAGAGCGAGAUGGACGACUGGAUCAACACCCUCAACAAAAUCCUCAACAGCAGCUUUGAGCUCGCCAUGCAGGACAAGAGGAACGGAGACUUACACGACGAUGAUGAACAGGCGAAAAGCGAUCACUCCUCGAGCAGCAUGGACAGUUUUCAGAGUGCCAGAGACAUCGAGAGCAGGAUGAGGAAUGAGACACGGCUAAAACUCUUUACACUGGACCCGGACUUACAGAAACUGGAUUUCUCCGGGAUCGAGCCAGAUGUGAAGCCCUUCGAGGAAAGGUUUGGGAAGCGAAUCUUGGUGAGCUGUAACGACCUGUCCUUCAACCUGCAGAGCUGUGUGGCGGAAAACGAAGAAGGGCCAACCACUAACGUCGAGCCCUUCUUCGUCUCUCUGUCGUUGUUUGAUAUUCAAAGCGGACACAAGAUUUCCUCGGACUUCCAUGUGGAUAUGAACCAUCCGUCUGUGAAAGAGCUGCUUCCUCAGAACAGCACCGCAGCGCCAGACAGUCCACAAGCAGCUCAACACACAGCCAACAGCCUGACAGAGAGCGCCAUUCAGUUUCCACGACAGGGAGUGUUUUCGGUGACCUGUCCGAACUCUGACAUCUUCUUGGUCGCUCGGAUUGAGAAGGUCUUACAGGGUGGAAUAGCACAUUGUGCCGAGCCUUAUAUGAAGAGCUCAGACUCGGCUAAGGCUGCUCAGAAGGUUUUGAAGAACGCUAAGAUGGCCUGCAGCCGGCUGGGUCAGUACCGGAUGCCGUUUGCAUGGGCCGCUAGGCCGCUGUUUAAGGACGCCUCUGGGACGGUGGACAAGAGCGCUCGGUUCUCGGCUCUCUACCGACAGGACGGCAACAAGCUCUCCAAUGAGGACGUGUUCAGACUCCUGGCAGACUUCAGGAAGCCAGAAAAGAUGGCCAAGUUGCCUGUGAUUCUGGGUAAUCUGGAUGUUACGGUCGAUAACGUCGCACCAGAUCUGACUAAUUGUGUCACGCCCUCCUAUCUUCCUCUACGUCAGAUGGAAGUCGCAGACUGGAGCAGGAUGGUGUUUGAGGUGGAGGAGUUUGUGCCGUCCAUCCCUAAAUACUCCCAGCCUUUCACCGUCUACAACAAUCACCUGUAUGUGUAUCCACGCCAUCUCCGAUACGACGGCCAGAAGAGCUUCACCAAGGCCAGAAAUAUCGCUCUGUGUCUUGAAUUCAGAGAUUCGGAUGAAGAGGACGCUCUCCCACUGAAAUGUAUUUACGGGCGUCCAGGAGGGCCUCUGUUCUGUAAGAAAGCGUUUGCUCCCGUCUUACACCACCAGCAGAACCCAGAGUUUUAUGAAGAGUUUAAGAUCGAGCUGCCGGCUCAGUUGACGGACAGACAUCAUCUUCUGUUCACUCUCUAUCACAUCAGCUGUGACAGCAACAGCAAAGCCAGCACUAAGAGACGAGAACAGGUGGAGACACAAGUGGGUUAUGCGUGGCUCCCCUUGUUGAAGGAUGGCAGGGUCAUCAUGAAUGAACAGCAGGUGGCAGUGGCUGCAAACCUGCCUCCAGGUUACCUGAGUUUCCAGGACAGCAGCAACAAGCAGCACACUGGUCAGGAGGUGAAGUGGGUGGAUGGUGGGAGGCCGCUACUCAAAGUCUCCACACAGCUGGUGUCCACUGUAUACACACAGGAUCAACAUCUGCAUAACUUCUUUCAUCACUGCCAGAGUAUUGGAUCCACAGGCCAGUCAGGAGAACUGAUCAAAUACCUGAAGAGUCUGCAUGCCAUGGAGGCUCAUGUGAUGGUGAAGUUCCUCCCCACUAUACUGAACCAGCUGUUUCGUGUGCUCACCAUGUCCAGUCAGGAUGAUGUUGCUGUGAACGUCACCAGGGUGAUGAUUCACGUCGUGGCUCAGUGUCAUGAAGAGGACCUGGAGCAUCACUUACGUUCUUAUGUAAAGUACGUUUUGAAGGCUGAAACUAAUUUAACCAAUGGUAAAACAGUCCAUGACGAACUGGCCAAAGCCAUGACCGCCAUCCUGAAACCCUCCACUGACUUCCUCACCAGCAACAAACUGCUGAAGUACUCCUGGUAUUUCUUUGAGGUUUUAGUCAAGUCUAUGGCUCAGUACCUGAUUGAGACGGGCAAGGCCAAGGUGUCUAGGAACCAGCGUUUCUCAGCUUCAUUCUAUCACUCCGUGGAGACCUUAGUGACAAUGCUGAUGCCUCAUAUCACACAGAAAUACAAAGACUACCUGGAGGCGACACGAAACGCCAAUCACAGCCUUGCUGUCUUCAUCAAGCGCUGUUUUACCUUCAUGGACAGAGGGUUUGUCUUCAAGCAGAUCAACAACUAUAUCAACUGCUUCAUGCCCGGAGAUGCAAAAACGCUGUAUGAGUUUAAGUUUGAGUUUCUGAAGGUGGUCUGUAAUCACGAGCACUAUGUUCCUCUCAAUCUGCCCAUGCCGUUCGGGAAGGGCCGAAUCCAGCGCUUUCAAGAUCUUCAGCUGGACUACUCUUUAACUGAGGAUUUCUGUAAGAAUCACUUCCUGGUGGGGCUGUUGCUGAGGGAGGUGGGCGGAGCGGUGCAGGAGUUCAGAGACAUCCGUCAGAUCGCAGUACAGGUGCUGAAGAACCUGAUGAUCAAGCACGCCUUUGACGAUCGCUACUCCUCCAAGGCUCAGCAGGCUCGCUUGGCUACGCUUUACCUGCCUCUGUUCAGUCUGCUGCUGGAAAACGUCCACCGGCUCAACAUCAAAGAUGUGCUGCCUGUCACCAACCAGACGAACAUUAAUGGCCGUGAUGAUCAUGUCAUGAUGACACCUACAAAAAAUAUGGCCAGUCCAGUGGACGGCAGCCUGCAUAAAGAGCUGUUUGGAGUGAUUUCAGGAGCAGUCUCUCCUCACACUCCGACCAUGAGCUCUGUACGGCACACUGACUCACGCAGCUCUCUUAUCAGCACAGACUCUGGGAACGGCCUAUCAGAGCGCAGCGUUGACAAGCCACACCCCCUAGACAAGGGUCAUGUCGCUGGGGUUCUGGGCAGCUCUUUGCUCCGCUGUGAUAAACUGGACCAAUCUGAAGUGAAGAACAUAUUAAUGUGCUUCCUGCACGUGCUAAAGAGCAUGUCUGAAGAUGCUCUGUUCAACUACUGGAAUAAAGCUUCACCCACAGACCUGAUGAACUUCUUCAGUCUGCUAGAAAUGUGUCUUCAUCAGUUCAGAUACAUGGGAAAGAGACACAUUGCAAGGACUCUGGAGGGAUCAGGUCCCGUGGUUCACGAGCGCCGCUCUCAGACUCUUCCCGUGUCCCGCAGCAGGACAGGAGCUCUACACAUGAGACUGCAGCAGCUCAACAGCCUGGACAACUCCUACACCUACAACCACAAUUACAGUCACUCAGAUGCUGAUGUGUUGAAUCAGUCUCUGUUGGAAGGAAAUAUUGCUACAGAAGUUUGUCUAACAGUUCUGGACACACUGAGCAUAUUCAUCACAAGCUUUAAGACUCAGCUGAGUUUGGAUCACGGCCACAAUCCCCUCAUGAAGAAAGUCUUUCAGGUUCAUCUCUGCUUCCUACAAAUCAACCAAUCAGAGACGGCCCUCAAACAGGUCUUCACUUCUCUUCGCACUUUUAUCUACAAGUUUCCAUGUACGUUUUUCGAGGGCCGUGCGGACAUGUGUGCGUCUUUCUGCUACGAGAUCCUGAAGUGCUGUAACUCCAAACUGAGCUCCAUCCGCAGCGACGCGGCUCAUCUCCUCUACUUCCUGAUGAAGAGCAACUUCGACUACACCGGACGCAAAUCCUUCAUCCGCACGCACCUGCAGGUGGUGAUUGGCGUCAGUCAGCUGAUCGCUGAUGUCAUCGGAAUAGGAGGGACGAGGUUCCAGCAGUCGCUGUCAAUCAUCAACAACUGUGCCAACAGUGACAAGACUAUCAAAAACACAGCAUUCCCAUCCGAGGUGAAAGACUUGACCAAGAAGAUCCGCACGGUUCUGAUGGCCACGGCUCAGAUGAAGGAGCACGAGAGAGACCCUGAGAUGCUGGUGGACCUGCAGUACAGUCUGGCCAAAUCUUACGCCAGCACUCCUGAGCUCCGCAAGACGUGGCUGGACAGCAUGGCCCGGAUCCAUGUGAAGAACGGAGACCUCUCUGAGGCAGUCAUGUGUUAUGUGCAUGUAGCAGCGCUGGUGGCCGAAUACUUGAGGAGGAAAGGCACGUUUAAACAGGGCUGUACUGCAUUCAGAGUGGUCACACCAAACAUCGACGAGGAAGCGUCCAUGAUGGAAGACGUGGGGAUGCAGGAUGUUCACUUUAAUGAGGACGUCCUGAUGGAGCUUUUGGAAGAAUGUGCUGAUGGUUUAUGGAAAGCAGAGCGUUAUGAACUCAUCUCUGGCAUCUACAAACUCAUCAUUCCCAUUUAUGAGAAACGCAGAGACUUUGAGAGACUGGCUCACCUCUAUGACAUCCUGCACCGUGCCUACAGUAAGGUCACAGAGGUCAUGCACACGGGCAAGCGCUUGCUGGGAACCUAUUUCAGAGUAGCGUUCUUCGGUCAGGCAGCGCAGUACCAGUGUAAUGACUCUGAGAUGAACCAGGGGUUCUUCGAGGAUGAAGACGGUAAAGAAUACAUAUAUAAGGAGCCCAAAUUCACCCCGCUGUCUGAGAUCUCUCAAAGACUCCUUAAACUCUAUUCAGACAAGUUUGGAGCUGAGAAUGUCAAAAUGAUCCAGGAUUCUGGCAAGAUUAAUCCAAAGGAUCUGGACUCUAAAUAUGCCUACAUCCAAGUGACUCAUGUCACCCCGUUCCUGGAGGAGAAGGAGCUGCUGGAGAGAAAAACCGACUUUGAGAGGAGCCACAACAUCCGUCGAUUCGUCUUUGAGAUGCCCUUCACCGUUUCAGGCAAAAAACAAGGCGGCGUAGAUGAACAGUGCAAACGCAGGACCAUCCUCACCACCACACACUGUUUCCCGUACGUGAAGAAGCGGAUCGCGGUGAUGUAUCAGCACUAUGUGGAUUUGAACCCCAUCGAGGUGGCCAUUGAUGAGAUGAGUAAGAAAGUGCUGGAGAUCAGACAGCUGUGUUCCUGCAGCGAUGUGGACAUGAUCCAGCUGCAGCUCAAACUACAGGGCAGCAUCAGCGUGCAGGUAAAUGCCGGGCCUCUUGCUUAUGCCAGGGCUUUCCUGGAUGACGCCAGCACUAAGAAAUACCCAGACAACAAAGUCAAACAGCUGAAGGAAGUUUUCCGGCAGUUUGUGGAGGCGUGCGGUCUUGGUUUAGGUGUGAAUGAGCGUCUGAUUAAAGAAGAUCAGCAGGAGUAUCAUGACGAGAUGAAGGCCAGCUACAGAGAUCUCAUUAAAGAGCUGUCUGCCAUCAUGCAUGAGCCUAUCAGUCCAGUGGAUGAUGGGAUGCGCAGUCCUCUUCCAGAUUCGCUGCACAUCUUCAACGCCAUCAGCGGGACACCCACUGCCGCCUCUGUCCAGGGCCUGCCGAACUCCUCCUCAGUGGUGUGAACCUGACCCCUGCAGUGACCUCAUGACCUUUCCUCUCCCAGACGUCAUGAAGAGGAAGUGGAGGAGAGCAGAGGGAAGGUUCUCAGGAGGGGAUCUGUUUGGGGAUAUCACCUACCGUUUCCUGUGGAGACUUCAUCAAAAACUAUUUUAUUUUUGGCCAUUUUGCCAGUUUUAUUAGAAGCCGCCCCGAAGAGAGAGAGAGAAGAGAGAGAGCUGGGUCUCAUUUAGCCAAAUUCAUGUAAACACUGCAUUCAAUGUGUGCUAACACCCAAACUGUGACUCUGACUGCAACGGCUUUUACAGAUUAUAAAUAUGUGCACCCUCUGCAUCAUUCUGUGUUGUUUUAUUUCGUAUUACUUGUUCAAGCUCAGACUGAAGUCGCUGUCUGAAAGGCGCCUGACGAUGCAUCAGCAUCAGACGUGUUCAGAGCGGUUUGUGAAGCAGAGGCACAUUGAGUGGGCGUGGCUUCCGUGUGAUGAGGUCAGCGCUUUCACUGGACGUGAUACACUGGAGGCGCGGCGCGGCUUGUGUAAACACAAAUGCUAAUGUUCAGCAUUAUAUUAUCAGUUACAAAUAUUUUUAUACUGUAGGGCAUCUGAAUGUGAUAAUGUUUUUUAAUCUGUAUUUAACAGUCUCUUCUCUGCUGUAUUUAAACUGGUAUUGUCCCUAAUGCUUUAAAUAAAAUCUCAAACACUCUUUAAA